GAGCACCCCAAGGGCCCCCGCCAGCUGGAGGCCCCCGAGGUCCCGGCGGAGCUUCCGAGCGGCCGAGGAGCUGAGCAGCAGGCGGAAGAAGAGGAAGAAGUGGGAGAAGGCAGCAGCACCGAGAGCAGCCGGGACGCGGAAACCUUGGGUUACCCCAAUAAAAUUGCCCCGCCCCCUGGGUUCCCACAGUCUCUGCAUCUCAUGGCCCUCAUUGCCUUAGGCGGGGAAGACUCCAAGCCUCAUUUCUUGAAUAGCUGUUUGUAUGAUGCCUACUACUCUGGCCAGCCGGGCCCUUGCUGGCCUCCGUGUCUGUCCCUUGUGCUCAGGGGAAGACUCCAAGCCUGGCUUUUCUUUCAGGAGCAGAGGCGGCUGAGCCAGGAGAGGGAGCGCGUGGAGGGUCUUCGUCAGAGACUUCGGGAAGCCCAGGGGCGGCUGGACUCGCAGCCAGAGGACCAGCGUGAGCGGCUUCUGCAGAGCGUGCAGGAGAUCAGGGAACAGCUGGAUGUGGCCCAGCGUGCCUACGAGGACCUGGAGUUCCAGCAACUGGAGCGGGAGAGCCGGCGGGAGGAGGAGGAUCAUCGGGACAGCCCUGGCGUUUGGGCGCUGGGCCCCAAGGUCCAGGAGCUUCAGGCCAGCGUGGCACAGCACAGGCGCCGGAUUCAGGUGUUGGAGGAGCAGCUGAAGUCGCUGGGAGAACAGAUGGCAGCUGAGAGCCGGGGGCUGAGCCAGAAGAAGGAGGAGGCCCUUCAGGCGCUGACACAAGAACGGAGCCGACUGCUUGAGCUGAAUUGCUUCCAGGGAAGCCCUGGCGGAGACUUCUCUGAGCCCAGCCAGGCCCUCACUAAGCUCCUGUUCACGCAGAAGACAGACCGCCAGCUGCUGGUGCUCCAGGACCCUGCUGCGCCCACGGCGGCCUCCGCCUCUUCCUGCCUCUUCUCCGUUCACAGCUCCUUGCAGGGCUCCAUCGGCCUCCAAAGGAAUGGAAGCCUGUCCCGGAAGAGGGGAGAGAGAUUGAGCCAGAGGGGAUCGCCCCGACCUCUGUCCCUCCAUUGUACUGGACCCCUGGAGGCCUCAGCCCUCCCACCAGCAGCAGGAGACUCUGGGAGACACCCACUCUAUCAGCUGCUGAACUGUGGCUCUGGGAAUAGCUGUGGGGCGCUCUACCCAGACAUCGCCCGCAUGGAGCGGCUCCUGCAGCAGGCCGUGGCGGAGCGGGAGCGGCUGCUCAAGGCUAGGGAAGGAACAAGAAGGACCACAGAAGGUUCCUCAGGUCCCGCUGUUCCUGCCAUCAUGGCCCCGCCCACGCUCCCACCCCGCCCUCCUGGCCCACGGGUCUUGGAUCUCCGGCAGCACCUGGAACGCUGGGGCCACAACCCCGAAAACUGCCCACAUGUCCAGGUGUCUGGGGGCUGCUGCCGCGGGGCCCUGGUGAAGAUGGGUGGCCGCAUCAAGACCUGGAGGAAGCGGUGGUUCUGCUUUGACCGCCAGGCCCGCCGUCUGGCCUACUACUCCGAUAAAGAAGAGUCCAAGCUCAAAGGCGUCAUCUACUUCCAGGCCAUCGAGGAAGUCUAUUACGACCACCUACGCUGUGCUUUCAAGAGCCCCAGCCCGCGCCUGACUUUCUGCGUCAAAACCUAUGAGCGCCUUUUCUACAUGGUGGCACCCAGCCCCGAAGCCAUGCGUAUUUGGAUGGACGUCAUCGUGACCGCGGCGGAUGAGAACCACGUCCCCUGAGCGGCACCACCCUCUUGGGGGACGACCAGCGAGGCCCCGCCCACGCCGGGAGCCUGGCCCCGCCCCUUUGGGACUCCGCUGGGAAUUCUGCAGGCGCCGCGCUCUGCUGGCCUGAGCCGCGCUGUUCUUUCUGGGCUGCAGGUGCCUUCCCCGGGCGGACAGACGGACGGACGCCGGGAAGCCAGCCCUGGGGCCCUGGGGCCCUGUCGCUGGCAGGAGGAAGAUUGCGGGGGCGGGAAGGAACUAUUUAUUGGUGCUCCUGUAUAUCGAAUUAAACAUGGAGGAAAAA